AGACAGAGAGGCCGGAAGUUGUCCUCAGAACUGCGCGACUGUUAGGGUAGCAAGCUGAGGCGGCGCUAACCGGGUGUGCGGGCAGCUGGCCCGGUAGUCCCGGUGGUGGGUCGGCGUGCGGGGAUCUGGGGUUCUGGGCAGGGAUAAUGGCAUCUCGGGCAGGCCCGCGAGCGGCCGGUACCGACGGCAGCGACUUUCAGCACCGGGAGCGCGUCGCCAUGCACUACCAGAUGAGUGUGACCCUCAAGUAUGAAAUCAAGAAGCUGAUCUACGUGCAUCUGGUCAUUUGGCUGCUGCUGGUUGCCAAGAUGAGUGUGGGACACCUUAGGCUAUUGUCACAUGAUCAGGUGGCCAUGCCUUAUCAGUGGGAAUACCCCUAUUUGCUGAGCAUUGUGCCCUCUCUUUUGGGCCUCCUCUCCUUCCCUCGCAACAACAUUAGCUACCUGGUGCUCUCCAUGAUCAGCAUGGGGCUCUUUUCCAUAGCUCCUCUCAUUUAUGGCAGCAUGGAGAUGUUCCCCGCUGCACAGCAACUCUACCGCCAUGGAAAAGCUUACCGCUUUCUCUUUGGUUUUUCUGCUGUCUCUGUCAUGUAUCUGGUGUUGGUGCUGGCGGUUCAAGUACAUGCCUGGCAGUUGUACUACAGCAAGAAGCUCCUAGACUCUUGGUUCACCAGCACACAGGAGAAGAAGCGUAAAUGAAGCCUGCCUGUUCCUGUGUGGUGAAGCCUGGGCCUCCCAUUGAGCCAAGUGAGAAGGUAGAGGAGCUGUUCUGAAAUUGUUGGUGAUUUUGGCAGCUGGUGCAAACUAGGCCCACGUUCUGGAAAGCCCCUCCUGUUGCUAUAGCUGAGGUGACAAAACUAUAUUUAAUUUAUUCC